AGAGCGCAUACUGACGGAAGAAAUGUGCUGCCCGAACCACUACUACGCGCGUGUGAUGCAUCUAUCCACACAUGCUCUGAUAGCAAACCACGUCACAAUCCUUGCAAGUAACAGUUUAAACAAAAAAAAUGGUUCCUUGAUGCAUUGCAUUUGUUGAGCAUUUAAAGACCAACGGGUGGGAUAUUGUAUCGGACUUCGUGAAACGCUGUCGCUGGAGGAAACUUUCAUGCGCUCAGUCUGAUCACCGGAUUCUCCUUUAGAGGGAAUGAGACGAGUGAAGUCAGGAAAGUUAGGCUGAAGGAAAAUGUCGGCGACAUAUGGCUCACCUUUUUCGAACAAAACCAGCCAAUAUGAGGACGCAGUCGAGGGCAACUGGCACCUUCUCUUUGGUUUAUCCUUCGCCAUCUCCACCUUCACUUGCCUGGGAGGUUUGUACUCGCUUAUGUCGCUGCUCAAGAUGAGGACUAAGUCUUCCCUCUGUCUGAUAGUAGCUUCUUUAUCCAUAGACGACCUGAUCAGCGUCGUGCCGCUCACGCUCUUCAUGAUCUUGCAAUGGAGGAGCGGAGACGCAAACCGGCCGGGCGCUAUGUGCACCCUGUCCGGAAUCCUGUAUGUUUUCCAAGGAUUGUCAAGCAAUAUGAAAGCCUGUCUCCUAGUUGCUUACACUUUCUACGUGACAAAGCGCUUUGGAGUGUAUCAAACCCAUAACCGACCUUUCUGGGUGUUUGUGGCGGUGGUGGCGGUUUGGACGGUGAGUCUCACGGUCAGCGUCCUGCCUGUGUGCGGCUGGGGCCGCUUCGCCCCCGCUUCUGUCGGUUGUCUCCCGGAGAACGACAGCCUGUACGUGCUGCUUCUGUUCUCUGUUUACUCACUGUGUUUCUGUGGGCUGGUUAUUUGUUCGGUUCCUCUCUUCUACCAGCUCAUGUGCUCCACGGAAGCCAUGAGAACAUUUUACCCGAGCUAUUUUGAAAUUACCGGGUCGGCACCGCUGUGUGAGAUCCCCUCUUUGUCACGGGAUAGCUUGGAUAAAAGUUUGGAAGCCUACAAUGAAUUCAACUCGAACAUUGCCAGUUUUAAAAACAAAACGGAGACGUAUUCACUGUCAUAUUCUCCAGCAACCGGUCAUUUCCAGAAAGAUGGAGCUCAGAGUGCACGUUAUUCCCCUGUGUUUUUCUCUCAAAAGCGCUUCUCGAUGAUUCUGGCCAUGGCUCGAAUGAUUCUAUGGAUGCCAAUGAUGACCCAGAUCCUGGUGAGUCAUGCUCUUCACAUGCACAGCUCGUCCUUGGAGACUUUCUGUUUUUUCCUGACCUUGCUCUCUACGGCGGUCACCCCUGUGUUCGUGUUUUCGGAACGCUGGAUCCAUCUGCCUUGUGGCUGCUUCAUCAACUGUCGCCAAGGCUUAAGUUCGGAGCUUUCCACUGCAAAGAAAAGGAGAUUUGAAUUCAACCUCUCCUUCCAGCGAGGCUAUGGUAUUUACAAGAUCUCCCAUGGCAAGUCACCAUCCAUCGAGAAACCCUCUUUUAACAGUUUAUACAGCUGCUAUUUCUCUGAAAGCAGAGCCGCAGUAGUGGACAGCGGUCAUAUUGGUAAUUUCAGCACCGUGGCAGCAGAGGACAGCUCCCUCCACAGCGAGAUGAUGCUCGAGGAGACAGUGGACAGCCAGCCUCAGAGCUCCACAGAAAGGGACAGGCCAUGCAAUGUCUCACCUCAGGUGUCAACCUGCGAUGGUGAGGAUCUUCACCUUGACAACUUGUCAGUAUUUGACAUUCCAGAGAGGAGGCUGUCCCACAAGGAGUGUCGUAAAAUAGAGUUGACUGACUGGGAGUGGUGCAGAAGUAAAUCUGAAAGGACUCCCAGACAGAGAUCCACAGCUGGGUUAGCCAUUCCAUUAUGUGCCUUCCAGGGCACCGUUUCCCUCCAUGCCCCCACGGGCAAAACACUGUCCCUCUCCACCUAUGAAGUCAGCAGCGAUGGCCUAAAGAUCUCCUCCAACAAUGCGAAGAAAGUUGAGGUGUACCGUUCCAAAUCGGUGGGUCAUGAACCUAGUGCAGAAGAGCCAAACUCCAGCACUGGGGGUGGGGGAGUUGGAGACACAAAUGUAAAAAUCCAUCUGGAAGUUUUGGAGAUCUGUGACAAUGAAGAGGCCAUGGACAGCGUCUCUAUUGUCUCCAAUAUCAGCCAGUCAUCCACACAUGCACGUUCGCCUUCUCUGCGCUACUCUCGUCGUGAGAACCGCUUUGUGUCAUGUGACCUUGGCGAAACAGCCUCAUACUCGCUGUUGAUCCCCACGAGUACCCCGGACACAGACAACAUCAACAUUCACAUUCCGGAUACGGUAGAAGCGCACAGACAGAACAGCCGGAGACAGCACCAGGAGACUGGAGGUUACCAGGAAGAGAUACAGCUGCUCAAUGAAGCCUAUAGGAGGCAGGCAGGUGAUCAAGGGAACUGACAUAACCAGAUAUACUAGGCUAUGCCAAUGGACUGAGAAGUCCCAGGUAUAAAAGUUUAGAAUGUUUGGAUGCAAGAUUGUGACAAAAGCUUAUAGUGUUGCAAGUUCAGGGUAGAUUCAAGCACCCAGACCUGAAAAUCAAGGUACAAAAGAGGCAGGGGAAAAUCUACUAUCUAUAACUAUAGUAGCAGUUGAUCAGAGGUUGCAAUGUGAAAAUACAGCUUUUGAAUUAAGCACUGCUGAAUAAGUCCUUAAGUGGUUGAAAGUGAUGUGAAAUAAAGGUUAUUGGGUACAAAGAAGGAGGAAUGGACUUCCUUCUCUGAUGUUCUUUGACUUAUUGAAUACAAAUAUAAGUGCGUAGACAGAGGGGCUUGAGGAGAGGGUUGAAUAAAGGAUACAUAAUGUGUAUGUUCAUCUGUUGAGAUGGACAAAGAACGGAUUUCCAAGGGCGUGUGAAGAAAGAGAAAAAGCUAAAAUAAAUACAUUUUAAAAUACAGAAAAAGACUUCAAAUUUUAAUUUGAAUUUAUAUCCAAUUUAAAUUUAUAUCCAAUUGUACAACUUUGUUGCAAUGACAGCAUAACACCUAAGACCCUAAAAUGACGGCAAAAAUGACAAGUACAACAUAAUACACACAUUUAAAGAGGCUAUAUGCAGCUUUUCCCCCAAAAUAAACAUAACAAUAGCCUUUUUAUUUUACCAUUUAUGACUCAAACAUCUCCUGAUGAGCAUACUGACACCUUGUCCGCUCACAGUGGGUGCACCUAUAAGCCUGUAUCCUAAUUUUCCUAUUUUCUGUCGGGUCGGACUUUUCCCGCACUGUCUGCGGAUGUGACGUCAAGUGCGUUCAUGUUACGUAUUUUCCGCAAAGCAUCCAGGCGGCGCUACAUUUGAAAAAAUGCAGCGCGUCAAAAAGCUGGCCGAUGCCCAUCUUUAUGUAAAUGAAUAAGAUCCUUCUCUAUAUGAGUUCGCAUCUACCACGGAUUUUUUUAGCGUAACAAUGUGUUCAGUUGUACAUUAACAGUGCAGUCGAUGCUGUUGUUUACAUCCGAGCGCCUCCAUAAUGGCCGCUCAUCCGGGUUACCGCCCAGAACGUCGGAGAAAACCCUCAGAUCACUCUGCCAGCCCACCACUGCUAGUCAGCAAGUAGCCUACACUCGCAAACAGAACACUUAUCUCAAACAAUAUAUGUAUUUAACUGUUCUUACCUCUGUAAACAUAAUGUUGACCUCCUUGCAGCAGAUGACUUUUAAAGUGUGCAAGUACGAGCGAGCGCUGCGAGAGCGAGCAGAAAGGAAGAGCAGUUCUGAUUUUUGGCCACAAGUGUCAGUCACGAGUUUAAAUUUCAAGAAAACGCAUGUAGCCUCUUUAAAACAAGAAUUAAUGUUAGUGCUUUAAAAAAAAAUACAACCUUCACAAUUCACAUAUGCAUCUAAAUCCUCCAAAAUUGGGCUCUAUUCACUUUCAUUGGAAGAGCUUCCCUGUAACUUUGAUUAUUUUUUCUUUCCUUCUUUUUUUAAAGGAAAACUAGAAAAGUGUGGAAAGUAAUUUAUAAAUAUUAUGCCAAAAAUGCUGUCAAAAAAGCUUGAUUUACAUUAAGCCAGCAAUAUAACUUUAGUUGUAAUCUUAGUAUGAGUGUAUAUAUAUAAAUGCUGAUAGCUGUAUGUAUGUUUUCUUCUGUAUGUUGGUAUUUGUACAUCCAUUAAAGCCCUGAACUUA